AUGAAUGAUGAGGAAAGGCCUGCUGCAUCAUCUGUGGUGGCUUUGGCAUUUGGCCGAUACAUUGUUGAACCUUUCUUCAGCCCCUGUCCAGCACCAGAAGUACUUGUUAAAAUGGUCAGCAUAAUUGGAAUCUCGGUUGUUAUGGCUGUGAACUGCUGGAGUGUCAACUGGGCAACACGAUUAAAUAUACUCCUUACCACCAUCAAGAUGGCCGCCUUGGUUUUAAUUAUUGUGCCAGGAAUGAUCAAGCUUGCUUCAGGGCACACUGAAAAUUUCCACAAAGCUUUUGACACCAGUUCCUUGACAGUGGGCAAGUUACCGUUGGCUUUUUAUGCAGGAUUAUAUGCCUAUGCAGGAUGGUUUUUUUUUUUUUUUUUUUUUUUUAGAAACAUCCCAUUGUCAAUCAUAUUAUCUAUGGUAACAGUGACAAUUGCUUAUCUUCUGACGAACAUUUCUUAUUACACGGUGAUGACAUCUCAAGAUGUUCUGGAAUCCAAUGCUGUGGCUGUGACCUUUGCUGACAGAGCACUCCAAGGGUUCUCCUCUGUCAUUCCAAUCCUUGUUGCUGUGUCCUGUUUUGGAUCUCUGACGGGAGGCUGCUUUACUACUCCCCGGAUGCUGUUUUCUGGUGCCAGAGAAGGACAGUGGCCUGUUCUCUUUUCUAUGAUUCACAUUCGAAAUCAAACUCCUCUGCCUGUGAUGCUUCUAAUGUACCCCACGGUGGUCUUCAUGAUCUUGGCCGGUGAACUCUUUGGACUGCUAAAUUUUUACAGCUUUUCCCGAUGGCUGUUUAUGGGCCUGAAUACUAUAGGCCUCAUCGUCCAUCGAUAUCGGAAUCCAGAUCUCCCACGGCCUUUUAAGGUACAUCUAUUCGUCCCUGCUGUUUUCACAGGUGUAUGUUUUUUCAUUGUGGGGAUGUCACUCUACUCUGAUCCACGCAACACAGGCAUCGGUUUUUCCCUCACACUGACUGGUGUCCCGAUUUAUUUUCUUCUUGUUCAUAAGCAGAGACUGCCUUUACGCUUCAUCAGAGCUUAUCACACCCUCACUAAGAAGCUUCAGAUUCUCUUGGAAGUGGUGCCACAGGAGGUGCAGACUUACUAAAUCUUGGGCUGAUCAAAGCUUUACCUUCAGAAACUAAUUUUGGCUCUACAUAAUACUUUAUGUAUGCCAAAUAUACA